UCAGCAUUGCAGCAUACAUCUGUAGUAGCUACAUCGCCGUUACUUUGUCUGACUAGUGCAGCUACAUCAUUAUGUGCACCGUCUCUAACAUCGUCAACAACAUCAAGUAUGCCAUUGCCUACUCCUGCAGUGAGAUUAUGUGCACCACCUGUAACGUCUGCAGCUACAUCGAGUGUGCCAUGGCCAACUCCUGUCCCUAGAUCGUGUGCAUCGUCGUUGGCUGUUACUGAGGAAUCCUGUGCACCGUCUCCUACAGCACCUCAACCUUCUACCUCCUUCCCAUCCACGUUUGAUGCAACCGAUUCUAUUAAUGAACCAGAUUUAUCUACACCGCCUCCGAUACCAGCACCGAGGUCGUUUAUUACGAGUGCGAACACCGAAGAAAGACUAUCAGCAUCGCAAUCAAGUUCUGAGAACUACGAUCUAAUUCUCGAAUUACGACACAGGAUACUGAAGAGUUUACAUCCUUUGAUGCAGCGACAAAACCGACAAGUGGAAUGAAACAACUUGCGGAUGGAUACGAUGUCUUUAUUUCAAUAAAAGAGUUGUCAUCAAUAGAGGAAAAAUGGAUUAAGAACAGCAAGGAAAUGAUCAGAAGUUUAAUGAAAUUAAUUAUUUGAAAAUCUCAAUUAAAGCUUAUGACGCCCACUGAUAGAAAUAACUAUAGAAAAAUACCAGGAACACUAUACAACGCCGUUUUCUAUUACGUUAACGGUAAAGUUGAAGUAGAACACCGGCUCUCACCAUUAGACUAUCGCAGAUGUCUUACUCUAAUGUGAAAUGGGUUGAGAAAUCCUAAAAACUAAUGCAAUCCUGUUGAUAGCUUUCAAAAUUCAUGGAUCUAAUUUAAUAAAUUUUGAAGAAAGACGAUCUGGCGACUUAGAAUCAAAAAAUUCGAUUAUAAUACCUGUGUUUUUAACGUCUGUUCUUUCUGGUCCUUAUAUUAAUACCGAAAUACAUGUAGGUAGAUACACAGGACAAGGUGUAGACAAAAGCUCGGAGAGAAGUGCCACCAAAUAAAUUAUAAAUCAAUUUUCGAAAUUACGUGUUAUUAGGCUGCACUGUCGGCGGCUUUACAACCCUUUCCAGUGAUCUAAAAUCUUUAUGAA